ACAAUAAUCCAAAAACAAACUCGCAAUAGCCCUUUAUAAACCCUUUCAACAAUUUACUAAUAUACCAAUUUCUCUUAGCCUUUCUUUGCCUUAUUAGUUUUCGUUUUUUCUCUUUGUUAACUUAGAGAGAGAGAACGAUUUUUAUUAACUCUCUGCCUUCUUAUUCUUCCAUUCUCUAUCAAUAAUUUCAAAUGGGAAACUGUGGUAGCAACCCAAAGACCAACGAGGGAUCUGAACCGUCGGUGCCUAUAUCCAUAACCGAGGAGGUUAAGGUUGAACAUGCAACGGAGGAGGCCCCCGUUGAGGAUAACAAGUCUCUAAGCACCUUGCUUAAUGAGAAUGUGGACGUGGCAAAGAAGACAGAAGAAGUCAAGGUUGAGGCCGAGGAAGUGAAGGCGGAACCUAAGGAAGAAGAGUCUAAGACCGAAGAGGUAAAGGUUCAAGAAGAGAAGCCAAAAAUAGAAGAGACAAAGAUCUAGGCCUAAGUUUUUUUUUUUUUUUUCACCAGAGAUGACUAGUAUCUUCGAAUAGACAAAUUUAUUGCUUUUCUAUUUAGUAUUUUGGUAUAGAUCGUUAUGUAUGCGAUCUCGACAAUUUGGAUUUAGGAUUGUUGAUUUAAGUAUGCAUUUAUCUGAGUUUUUUGCUUAAUAACUUCUUGAAAGUAUUGUGACAAUGACAAAUAAUUUGGAAAUGCUAAUUAUUGAUCAUUUUAUCAAGAAA